AUGCUAAUAGGAUGCCAUUGGAGGGGAAACAAGUGUGGCUGCUGUCAGAAGACAGUUUACUUCGCAGAAAGAGGUCUGUGCGAUGGGCGGAGCUUCCACAAGUCCUGCUUCCGGUGCAGUGAGUAAUCCUCUUUUCUGCUUCCUUGGGUCUGUGGGAAGAACUUGGACAGCACAACUGUUGCUGUUCAUAUGGAUGAAGUGUACUGCAGGCGUGCUAUGGCAAGAAGUAUGGUCCAAAAAGGCUACGGUUUUGGUCAGGGAGCAGGGACUCUCAGCAUGAGAGGGAGAGUCUCUUGUAUUACUCAUGAGGAACCUGGUCCUCAUCGUCCUCCUGUAAACAAACCCACCAAGCUGGCUCAGAAGUUUGGAGGGCGGAUAAGUUCCGCGCUGUGGCAAGUCUGUCUACGCUGUGAGAAAGUGAUUGGAGCUGGGAGUUCAUGGCAAAGAAGUGGAUGUUUCAGCUGUGCCACAUGUGGGAAGAGUCUUGAGUCGACCACGGCUGACAGAGAUGGAGAAAUCACUGCAAAGGUAGAGUAG